AUGGGUGAGAGCACAAAGAUUCAGAAGGGCAAGGCGUCAGCCAAACGCAAUAGCGAGGCACGCCGUGAACAGAACCGUCUUGCUAGCCGAAACUAUCGCGAAAAGCGGAAGCAGAAGCUCGCCCUUCUGAAUAAGCUUUUAGACCCUAGCAACCUUCCUAGCAUCACCGGUGACGGUAAUAUAGAUGAUGUUCCGGGCCCCAGUGGUUCGAGUGACAUCAGCCCUCCUCCAGCACCUCUGACUAGCCAUCUCAUAACAUUGGAUCUCAACACAUUCGAUGGCACUGAAACCUCUUCUGUGCCGCAAACCUGGGCGGAUUUUACCCAUGAGUCGGUUCCGACGAUCAUUCCUAACCAACUGGCACCGGAGUUUCCCCCAGUGCUUGACAAAGGCAACGCUCCCAACCUUGGAUCUCAUGAGCAAUGGGAAGCUGUCAUGCAUGGGCUUAUACAAAAAUCCCCAACGUUUACAGGCCAGUCCCCAGCAGACUGCAUAGGCUAUAGGGUCAUAGAAGAAGUCUUCGAGGAUAGUCCAGACUCUAGCCACAGAUGCUCUCAAGGAGCAUCGAGCAAUGACGAUAGUUCCUUGAAAGACGUCCUAUAUGGGGUAGAGAGACUCAGCAUUGAACAGAAACAAUAUCUUCUUCGUCACCUACAAAAGGAUACCUGGGAACCAAAAUCUCCAUCUCCUUCACAAAAGAUGCUACAUCAGACUCCUGGUCAAAUCCAAGCCAUCCUAUUUGCCAAAGCAUUGUUCAGGACAGCAAAUGCCAGACCAUCGCUUUUCCCAACGCAAUACACGAUGGAGCCGGGAAUAUUUGGUGCAAUAUUCGCAAACUGCUACGCUCUCGGUAUGGGGGGUGUAGACGAGAUACUCCACGAUGACGGUUGCAGUGUGUUCUCUGUCACGUCGGACGAAGGUCACCAUCCAUCAAAGUUGUCCUUUGUGAAGUCAAGAUUCUUGGAUGUAUCAUCUGAUCUUCAGCCGAUUGAGAAACAGUUAACGUUUGGUCAUCAUCCUUAUAUUGAUGUUAUUCCGUUCAAAACCUUCCGUGAGAACCUCAUCACCGUUCUCGACCAAGAUCCUAAUGCCAUUGAUGAAGGGGCCUUGUGCCAUGAUAUUCUUUCCGGCGGUUUCACAUGCUGGGGAGCUGGAAUGAACUCACGUGGCAUGGGUGCAGGUGUGCCAUGGGACUCACGUAGUUGGGAGCCCAGUAUAUGGUUUUUAAUGAAGUAUCGUGCUUUAGCAGGUGAGUGGGAUGGUGAGCUGUGGAAGAGUGUUCGGUGGUGGCAUAGUGCUCGAGGGGAGAGAAUACAAAUCUCGCAGGAAAUAAAUAUAGGCAGCGACAUGUUUCAGGGUACACCGAGGCGAUAG